AGAAGUGAUAUUUCGAAUCGAUAUAAUCAGGAAAAAAUGGAUAGUGCCCACCAAGUGUUCGACAAAAGUUCACAAUACCAUAAUUCACGAUUUUGGGUUUCUUUGUGGAAGAAUUUUCGCGCUCAAUUCUUAACAGAUCACGUGACCCUCACGUCAACAAACCAACUAACUCUUGACCCAUAGAUUCUUCUCUUCCACGCUUCCUCAUUUUCUCUCUCUUUGCUUUUUAUAUUUUCUCGAGAAAAUCAAGAAAGAAAAUCGCCAUUGUUGCUUUCUCGGAGAAAUCAGUCAACGAAAUCAUGGAGAUGGAUUCAUCAGAGGUUCAAGAAGUGGAGAAACUCGAAGAAAUUGAUCCAGAUCUCUCAGACUCGAAUACAGAGGAAUCUGAAGAGGAGAUACUCAACGAAACUUCUGUUUCAGCUCUUGAUAUGAUACUAAAGUCUCUGUGGAACAUUAGAGUUUUCUUAAGCACUUUGUUGAUGGAUUAUGUUCAAGAAGCAAAUCAGAGCCUCACAAAUGAUGAAUCUGUUCCUCUAGAAGACAUUCUUCGUAUUUUUCUACUCAACAAUCUCAGUCUCACUCAUCCUCUGGAAGAAAACGGUGUUUCUAAACUGUUUCUAAACGUCUUGGAGCUUAUCCCUCGCUGGAAUUCACACUUUGAAGUGAACGAAGUCGCGAAAACGAUUUGCAUUAGAUGCAAGACUGAUAUGGCAUAUUCAGGUGAAAGGUCUUAUGGUAUUAUCAUCAAUGCUAAUUCACUCAGAGUAUUCAAGUCUGCAUUCAAGGAUUUUGCAUUUGAGAAUAUCCUUAAGGCCAUCAGGAUCAAUGUAAAGAGGCUUUGUGAUAAGGAAGGAUGUGAGAAACGAAACUACGUCGAUACUAUGAUAAGUAACCUUCCAUCUGCUUUUAUUGUUGCACUUCAGUGGGAGAACAAUGAGACCGAAAAAGAGAUUUUGGACACAGCUUCUGUUCUGGCGACUGAAAUAGAUAUUAGUGCCAUAUACCGAUACGAAGGCGACAGUGCGUUUACCAAAUACCGUCUUGUCUCAAUGGUUUGGUCGCAUGGAGAUCUAUACAACUGUGUAGCUUAUGAAAAUAAUAGAUGGGUCAGACAUUUUUGUUCUGAGAUGGAGGUUAUUGGAGACUGGGAUGGUGUUCUCAGCAGUUUUCGAGAACUGCAUAUUCGACCUGAGAUUCUAUUCUUUGAAAACGCUAUGCCGAGGGACCAGAUGUUUUCCGAGCAGGGAUCUGAAGACUGAAUAGAAGCUUUUUCAAUGGUGUAGGAAAGGGAUUCAUGUAUGAAGUCAAAAGCUUUUUAGGAGUUAGUAUAGAUUUUGAUUGUGAACAGAUUUUUCUGUGUUUUCUUCAGCCCAAAUUUAGCACCAUGAUUGUUAUGAUCAUUGAAUAGUAGAUACUUAGAUACCAUUUUACCAAGUUCAACACUUGUAUGUAGAUACUAUCC